AAAAUGGUUCACAUCAGCUUAGACUUCCAAUGUCUCCUUGGACUGGCCAUUUUCAGAAGCUUCUGUGGUCUGCAGAGGGGAGAUGCAUGUUUUGCUCUGUCUAGUUUGUGCCUUUGGCAUUUUUGGUCAGUAUCAUCCAGCACCUUUACCACUUGAAGAUGAUGGAUCGGUACCUGCUCAGAAUGGCCUGUCCCUGGCAACAAAAUACCUGCAGCACUUCUACAGUUUCCAAGCGGAUCCUGCCGGCCGCAGGAGGAGGAGUCGUCCCUCUUUCUCGUCCAAACUGAAGGAUAUGCAGAGCUUUUUUGAGCUGAAUAGGACAGGAAUCCUGAACCCAGAAACCCUCGCUGUCAUGAGGACUCCUCGAUGUGGUGUCUCAGAUGUGGAGGAUUACAGUCACAGACGUGGAAGCAGGUGGAAGAAAAACCUCAUCACUUAUGGUGUUGGGAGGUACACCAGUGACUUACCAGUGAAUACAGUGGACGCUCUGAUCGCGUCGGCUCUGGAUGCAUGGGCAAAGGCCAGCCCUCUCACUUUCCUGCGGUCAUAUUCUCACCAGGCGGACAUCAUGGUGGAGUUUGUUGGAAACGAACAUGGCGACUCCUUCCCAUUUGAUGGUCCAGACGGCACACUGGCCCAUGCUUUUGGCCCAGGGGAAGGCGUCGGUGGGGACGUUCAUUUUGAUGAAGCUGAAACAUGGACAGCUGGGUUCAAAAGAUUUAACCUGUAUGUGGUAGCUGCACACGAGUUUGGUCAUGCACUUGGUUUGAAACAUUCGCAAAACCCAGAAUCGGUGAUGUAUCCGACAUAUAAACAUAGUAAAACACACAAUCUGCUCUCCAGUGAAGAUAUCAUAAACAUCAACACACUCUAUGGCCCAAGGGACAAAAGGCCCAUUCCAUCUUCAAGAUUUAGCUGGGGCUAUCCCAGCAACCCAUGGUUCAGCGGUUCAUAUUUCCCUGUGUCAUUCAAGGACACAUGUAAUCCCGAUCUGACUUUUGAUGCUGUGACUACUGUAGGAGAGGCUAUUUUCUUCUUCAGGGACAAGUACUUGUGGAUCAAGCACAACAAUCAAAAUGAUAUAAAGGAAGGCCCCAUCAGCAAUUUCAUGCCAAAAAUUGAUUGUCAGAUUGACGCUGCUUAUUGGGUCCCACAGCGGUCAACAGCAUAUCUGUUCAACGGUACGAUUUUCUGGACAGUGAAAGGAUCCCAAGUAAAAGGCAGAGCGAAAAACAUCAGUAGUCUGGGGUUCCCGUCAUGGGUAGAGCAGAUAGAUGCUGCGGUCCACAUUCACAAAACUGUACACACCCUAUUCUUCACCCAACAUCAGUACUGGAGGUAUAACGAACACAACAAGACAAUGCAUGACUCAAGCCCGCGGAACAUUUCUCAUGAUUUCCCAGAAAUAAAUGGACCCGUAAGUGCAGCCAUUUAUAAAGAUGGUUCUCUUCAUUUCUUUGUUGGCUCCGAUGUGUACAAAUAUGACGUCAAACAUAAGGAAAUUAUUGGAGCAGAUAAAACAACUUCCUGGCUUGGAUGUUAAUGGAUAUUUAUUAUAGACCUAUUGUUCCUAAAUCUACUUUUGCGAUUCUGUGUUUAGUGCCGCUGAAGUGGUUUAGAAAUGACACACUUCACCUGUAAAGACGAGAUUAAUAAUGUUGUAUUGAAUUGUAUAGCAUUGAAUUUCAUGUGAUAAAUGCAUCUACUGUUUGUCUUUGGAUUAUUUUUAAUAUGCAAAUGUAUCAAAAGAGUCCGAAUGUGGUAUAAAU